AUGGAGAAUUCCCAGGCUGUGCCUUCUCCCUGGGGGCUCUCAGAGAUGCAGCAGGAGGAUAAGGUGGUGUUAAUUGUGCUUGGUUUUGUGAAAAGGGCUGGAUUUGUCGCCAUGAGCCUCUUGCCACUUGAGUCCCUCUGUGUUUUCCUGCUUCCCCAAGUUUUGCUGGCGUUGGGUAUACAAGAAAUUCAUGCCGACCAGGAGAUGAUUGGCAAGAUUUCAGCUGCUGGCCAGCUGAUGCAGUGCUCAGCCGCAGUUGAUAUCCUUUUCCUCUUGGAUGGCUCCUACAGCGUUGGCGAAGGCAGCUUUGAAAGGUCUAAGCACUUCGCAGGCAAACUCUGCGAUGCCUUGGACAUCCAUCCAGGCAGGGUCCGUGUGGGACUGAUACAGUUUAGUUCAACUCCCCACCUUGAGUUCCCGCUGGAUUCAUACGGAACCAAACAAGAAGUGAAAGAGGGAAUCAAGAGGACGGUGUUCAGAGGUGGGAGCACAGACACGGGCCGGGCUCUGAAAUACGUUCUCCGCAAGGGCUUCCCAGGUGGCAGAAACUCGACCGUCCCUGAGAUCCUGGUCAUCAUUUCGGAUGGAAAGUCCCAGGGCAGUACCUCAACGCCUGCCAUGCAGGUGAAGGAGAGAGGGACCACCGUUUUUGCAGUGGGAAUCAAGUUUCCAAGGUGGGAGGAGCUGCACGUGCUGGCCAGCGAGCCCACCGAGCAGCACGUGCUCUUCGCUGGAGACGCCGCCGACGCUGCCAACGGCCUGUACAGCGCCCUCACCGGCUCCAUCUGCCGCGCCGCUGCCCCAGGCUGCAAAGUCGAAUCCCACCUUUGUGAACGCAGGACCCUGGAAACUGUGAAAGAGCUGGCUGGAAACUAUGUCUGUUGGAAGGGCUCCAAGCAGCAAAAUGCAGUGCGUGCUUCACUGUGUCCUUUUUACAGGUGGAAAAAAGUCUUGAUAAAACACACAUCCAGAUGCUUCCGAACUAUAUGCCCAGACCCUUGCGACUCCCAGCCAUGCCAGAACGGUGGCACCUGUGUCCCGGAGGGGCUGGACAAAUACCACUGCCUGUGCCCGGUCGGGUAUGGAGGAGAUGUCCACUGCGCACCAAAGCUGAGCCUCGAGUGUGGCGUGGAUCUCCUUUUCCUGAUGGACAGCUCAGCGGGGGUCACACUGGAGGGGUUCCUGCGCUACAAAGCGUUCCUCAAGAGGUUCCUCCACGCGGUGGUGGGCCGGGACUCACCAACAAACGUGGGGGUGGCCCAAUACGAUACUGAUGUCAGGAUACCCAUUGAGGUGGGACAACACAAGGAUGCGUUCAGUCUCAUGAAGAGCAUCGAUGCCUUGAAUUUCGGUGGAGGAGGAACCCUAACAGGCAGAGCCCUGCGGUACGUUGCACAGCAUGGUUUUAGGAGCGCCCCAGUCUUUGCAGAUGUGCAGGAUGAUCUCCCACGCGUGGUUGUCUUGCUCACUGACUCCAAGUCCCAGGACCCAGUGGCAGAAGCUGCCAAGUAUGCGAGGGACCAAGAGCUCUUCUUGAUUGGUGUAGGCAGCAGCUUUGUGAGAGCAGAGCUGGCUGAAGUGACCGGCAAUCCGAAGCAGACAAUUGUCUACUCAGAUCCCCAGGAUCUGUUCAACAAGAUCCCAGAGCUGCAGAGAAGAAUCUGCAGUGUGGACAAUCCUGAAGGCUGCCAGGCACAGCCUCUUGACUUGGUGUUUGCUGUGGAUGCCUCAGCUGGAGUUGGCCUGGAAAAUUUUCUGCAGCUGAGGGACUUCGUCAAGAGCAGCUCUUCGCACUUCAGUAUCAACCGGGAUGUCACCCAAGUUGCCCUCGUGGCCUACGGCAGCAAAGCUCACACCGUGUUUGCUUUGGACACCCACACGAGCAACUCAGCUCUCCUCCAAGCCAUCGACCAAGCGCCUUUCCUCGGGGACUUGCCCUCUGCCGGCAGUGCCUUAGGCCAUAUUUACGGUGGCGUGAUGACAGUGCAGAAAGGAGCACGGCCCGGUGUCAACAAGGCGGUGGUGGUGCUCACAAACGGAGGUGGCACGGAGGGUGCAGCUGCCCCAGCUCAGCAGCUGAGGGACAACGGCGUCUUGGUGUUCGUGGUCGUCAUUGGAGAUGCACGGAGGGACGCGCUGCUGAGGGUCGCUGGGUCUCCCACCUACCUGGUCCACAUCUCCUCCUAUGAAGCCCUGCGGCAUUACCAGGACCUUAUCACAGAAAGAAUCUGUGAAGAAGCGAAGAGCCCCGUGAGCCUGUGCAAACCCAACCCGUGCCUGAACCAGGGCGUGUGCAUCCUCGGGCCUGGAAGCUACCGCUGCGAAUGCCACGGCUGGGAAGGACCCCACUGCGAGAGCAGAGCUCUCCGGGGUGACUCUCUGAGAUCCCCAGGCCUUCCUCCGGACUCCCGUGCGCAGUGGGGACCAAGGGCUUCGCAGCACUUCUCCAGCACCCGAAGGCACGGGGACCACAGACACUGA